AUGACUUCAGGGACCCUUAGUAAGGAAGAGCAAGAAAAGCUUUUCAGCUUGGCAUUGACAGCAAGAGAGACAUCCUAUUCCCCUUAUUCAAAGUUUAGAGUAGGUGCUGCUUUGAUGGCCACUGAUGGCACCUUGUUCAAAGGUUGCAAUGUUGAAAACGCUUCAUAUGGUGCUGCCAUCUGUGCUGAAAGAACUGCCUUUGUCAAGGCUGUGAGUGAAGGGCAUCUGAAGUUUCGCGCUUUGGCUGUUUCCACUGAUCAGGACGAUUUCGUUUCACCAUGCGGCAUUUGCAGACAAUUUAUUUCAGAAUUUGUAUCUAAAGAUAUGCCCGUCUUCUUCUUGAACAAACAUGGCGACCACCGUGAAUACAAGUUUGAACAAUUAUUGCCAUUUGCAUUUGAUUAUGAUACUUCAAAAGAAUAUCUUCAAAAGUAG